CAACCAACGGGACCCAGAGCCCUCGCCGAAGUCCUCGCGAUAGCCGCGGCCUCGGUGCGGGAUGGCCGUGGAGCCGGGUGGAGGUGUCCCGCGGCUCCGGGAGCCGGCUCUCGGGGCCGAGACAUGGCCCGGGGCCCCGGCCAGCUAGGUGGGCCUCGUCCGGACACCGUCACCAUGCCCAAGAGAGGAAAGCGGCUCAAGUUCCGGGCCCACGACGCCUGCUCGGGCCGAGUGACCGUGGCGGACUAUGCCAACUCGGAUCCUGCGGUGGUGAGGUCUGGACGGGUCAAGAAAGCCGUGGCCAACGCUGUUCAGCAGGAAGUAAAAUCUCUUUGUGGCUUGGAAGCGUCCCAGGUUCCUGCAGAGGAGGCUCUUUCCGGGGUGGGUGAGCCGUGUGACAUCCUGGACAGCAGUGAUGAGAUGGACGCCCAGGAGGAAAGCACUCAGGAAAGAUCAGUCUCCAGAAAAAAGAAAAGCAAGAGACACAAAGAAGAUCUGGAUGGCGCUGGAGGAGAAGAGUAUCCUAUGGAUAUUUGGCUGCUGCUGGCUUCUUAUAUCCGUCCUGAGGACAUUGUGAAUUUUUCCCUGAUUUGUAAGAAUGCUUGGACUGUCACUUGCACUGCUGCCUUUUGGACCAGGUUGUACCGAAGGCACUACACGCUGGAUGCUUCUCUGCCUUUGCGGCUGCGACCAGAAUCCAUGGAGAAGCUGCGCUGUCUCCGGGCAUGUGUGAUCCGAUCUCUGUAUCAUAUGUAUGAACCAUUUGCUGCUCGAAUCUCCAAGAAUCCAGCCAUUCCAGAAAGCACUCCCAGCACGCUGAAGAAUUCCAAAUGCUUACUUUUCUGGUGCAGAAAGAUUGUUGGGAACAGACAAGAACCAAUGUGGGAGUUCAACUUCAAGUUCAAAAAACAGUCCCCUAGAUUAAAGAGCAAGUGUAUGGAACGGUUGCAGCCGCCCAUUCAGUAUCAAGAUGUCCACACCAACCCUGACCAGGACUGCUGCCUGCUGCAGGUCACCACCCUCAACUUCAUCUUUAUUCCUAUUGUCAUGGGAAUGAUAUUUACCUUGUUUACUAUUAAUGUGAGUACAGACAUGCGGCAUCAUCGAGUGAGAUUGGUGUUCCAAGAUUCUCCUGUCCGUGGUGGUCAGAACCUGCGCAGUGAACAGGGUGUGCAAGUCGUCCUGGACCCGGUGCACAGUGUUCGGCUCUUUGACUGGUGGCAUCCGCAGUAUCCAUUCUCCCUGAGGGCAUAGUUCCUGCUUCCUAUCCCUCGGGAUGGCUUCCAGUCUAGUCCAUUAGUAAUCAGAUUCUGUUUGGAAGGGGCAGCUGGAUUGAGUAGCUGAUUAGUGAUGCACAGGCUGUUUGGGUUCCUGGGGCUCCUAUUACAGGAGGUGGAAAGGUUGAAUCAAGAGGAAAACCAACUAUGAUUUAUAAACAUUUUUAUGUAAAAUUUGCAUAUUUGAAAGGAAAAACCUGGCCUCAUUUUCUGUGUUAAACCUAAAUUGGUGCUGUUGAGUUUGUUCUUUAUUCUUUUAUCUCGGCAAAUGGACAGUCUUUCGUUAGGGAAAAGUUAAAGUCUUCUCUUCAAGGAAGAACGUUUUCCCUUAUGGAUUAGAGGACCCAGAGGCUUAAAAUGGUUGCUCCAAUGUUGCUGCUCCUCAAAUUCAAGUGAAUAUUUUUUUCUUUUCCCUUUACCCUUCUCCAGAAAUAAAGCAGGUGACAGGGUUGUCAGAAUCUUAUAAGAUUGACUUGUGCAUCUUUUUAAAAAAAUGCUUUUUGAAUAUUUAUUACAUGAAUAUUGAUUGUUUUGAUGAUUUUGUAUUUUGGGUUUUUGUUUUAUUGCAUGAGACUUGAUAGUGAUGAAAUUAUUAAUUAUGUGCCCCUGGUACUGUUCUAAGAACUUUAUAGAUUGUGUCUCUAAUCCUUGUGUCUUGCAAGGUAGUUGAAACCCUUCCCAUUUUAUGGUUGAGAAACUGAAUCAUUGACUUACCCAAGGCCAGAACUACUGGUCCAUGCAGAGCCAGGAUUCUGACCCAUAUCUUUUUUGCUAUACCACAACUUCAAAGGCCAGUCUCAUUUUUCUUGUGGUACAUAGUGGUAAAAGAGUAGCCGGAGUGUGGUGAGAAAGUAACACAGUGAGUUAUUUGAAUCUUUCAGAUAGACAUGCCUUAUCUGAAAGGGAAGACAGUUUAGGAAGAAUUGUGGUGUUUACGUUAAAUUGUUAGGCUUUAUAAUGCUAAAGGUCAUUUUCAAAAAAUACAUUGCAUGUUGAAAGCAGCUUUCAACUAGAAGCGAUUAGUAGCUUUUCUCUGCCCUGUCCUGCCCUUUGAUAUCUUUGUUUUCCCUUUUUAAAUCAUCCUGUGUACAUUCAGGAUCCUGGUCUUCUCUUUAUACAGAAACGUUGACAUCCUCCUUUGUCAAAGUUCUUACUGUUACUGGCAUGCUCUGAGGAAAGGAUGGGUGGGUUUUUAUUUCUUUUGCUAAGAAGAAUGUCUUAUUGCUUCCUUUCCCACCUGAUGUGGCAUGAGAUGCACAUAAGACAAUACUCUCGUACUCAAGAUCAUCUGCUAGCACUGCAGUCCAGCCUCCCUGCCCCACAGAAGUAGCCCUUUUGAGACAGGGUCUUGCUAUGUAGCCCAGGCUGGCCUUGAACUUAAUCUUCUUACUUUAGCUGCCUGGAGUUGUUGGGAUUAUAGGUGUGAGUCACCAGACAGGAUAAAGACAGAAAAUAUUCUUUAAACAUAAAAAUAUUGUGGGGUGGAUACUAUUGUGAGCUAAACUGCUAAAUCAGUAUGUAGGUUUCUAUCGCCUUCCCCACCCCAUGCUAUUUAAAGACCAUUCUUAAGCAUCUGUUUAAUACUGUUGCUAACAGCUAGUCUUACCCACACUGAGGGGAAUACUGUCACUGGUUGAACAGAAAGUGAGCCUGCGUCAAUAAAAACAAUAACCAGAAUUUGGGUACUUAAUUAACAAAAGCAAACAAAAACCCAAGGACAAUAAGCACUUCACAGAUCUCUGCAAUCAAAAGUAGCCUCUGAGGCAGAAGCAAAGAAGCACAGAGUCUGGAGUUCUCUGAACAAAAGAUUCCAUGGAGCAGGGGAAGUUGUCCUUGUGGACUGUGUGUCUCCCAUUUAGGUUUACCUUAAGUGGGUGAAAUAAAUGUGGCUUAAUUGUU